GAUCCUGUGAAGUGGUAUUGCUUGGUGAGGAGAGACUGGCCUACACAGUUGGAGUAUGACAUGGGUCUAACAAUCCUGACGCAAUCCUUAAAGGACUUCACUAAAACUUGAAAAGGCUGAUGCCUCUGCCAGAGCGAGAGGAAUAAAUAGAUGCUGCCUCGCCCAGAGGCUUAGACGCCUGGGAAGAGCAGCCAGCGCGGCGAGGCCCCCCGGCUCCUCCAAGCGCGUGAACAGGACCAGAGGAUUUGGAUCCAAGUGAGCUGUGAUUGUCCGAGGGGACAGCUCCUGGGUCGUAGUGCUCGCCCCCGGAGUGCAGCAGACCGCGGAACGCGCCUGUCGCGUUCUCCGCCCGGCUGAGCCCUGUCCCAUCCUGCCGGCGUCAUGGUCUGUGGAAACCGGGGACGGAUGCUGCUGCUACGGGCCAGCGGGAUGCUAGUCCUGGCUGCACUCUGCCUGCUCCACGUCCCCAGAGCCCAGGCAGCAGCCUGUGAGCCCGUCCGCAUCCCCCUGUGCAAGUCCCUGCCCUGGAACAUGACCAAGAUGCCCAACCACCUGCACCACAGCACCCAGGCUAACGCCAUCCUGGCCAUCGAGCAAUUCGAAGGUCUGCUGGGCACCCACUGCAGCCCGGAUCUGCUCUUCUUCCUCUGCGCCAUGUAUGCACCCAUCUGCACCAUCGACUUCCAGCACGAACCCAUCAAGCCCUGCAAGUCUGUGUGCGAGCGCGCCCGGCAGGGCUGCGAGCCCAUUCUCAUCAAGUACCGCCACUCGUGGCCGGAGAGCCUAGCCUGCGAGGAGCUGCCGGUGUACGACCGUGGUGUGUGCAUCUCUCCGGAGGCCAUCGUCACCGCUGACGGAGCGGACUUUCCUAUGGAUUCUAGUACUGGACACUGCCGGGGGGCAAGCAGUGAACGCUGCAAAUGCAAGCCUGUCAGAGCCACACAGAAGACCUAUUUCCGGAACAACUAUAACUAUGUCAUCCGGGCUAAAGUUAAAGAGGUAAAGGCAAAGUGCCAUGACGUGACUGCUGUCGUGGAGGUAAAAGAGAUUCUAAAGGCAUCUCUGGUGAACAUCCCAAGGGAUACCGUCAACCUCUACACCACCUCUGGCUGCCUCUGCCCCCCACUUCAUGUUAAUGAGGAAUACAUCAUCAUGGGCUAUGAAGACGAGGAACGCUCCAGGCUACUCUUGGUGGAAGGCACUAUAGCUGAGAAGUGGAAAGAUCGGCUUGGUAAGAAAGUCAAGCGCUGGGAUAUGAAACUUCGUCAUCUUGGACUGGGUAAAACGGAUGCUAGUGACUCCACUCAGAAUCAGAAGGCUGGCAGGAACUCUAAUCCCCGGCCAGCAGGAAGCUAAGUCCUGAAAUGCGAAAGACCACACCCAUUGACUCCCUACUAAGACUUGCAUUGCUGGACUAGCAAAGGAAAAUUGCACUAUUCCACUAUUGUUUACUACAGAUACCAUGUGGCAACAGAUGUUACUUCUGCAUCCUCUUCUCCUGCUUCUAAAUGGCCUGAGUUAGAUCCUUAAGUAUGUUAUAUAUUCUAUUUUACUAAUCACAGGGGAACUGUUCUUUUGCAGCAGUAAUAAUAAAUUAAACAUGCUGAUACUAAGUUCUCUGUACCGUCGUCCCCAGGUAUUGAUUUUGUGUUCUGUACCCAAAUUGAGAAUGCAAUAUUGGAUGUAAGGAGAGAUUUCUGGUAAUAUCUCAAAAACUAGAUAAUUGCUGAAAACUGGACUCUGCUGGUGUUCUUCCAGCCUUGUUUUUGUAUGCCUUUUGGGCAUUUCCCUCAUGCUAUGAAAGAUCUAAAUGUUUAUUAAAGGUAGAAUGGCAGUUUGAAAUUAAAUACUGCACAUGCAGAGAAAUGCAACACCAGGAAGCAUUUAUGAGGAAAUGCCACACAGCAUGAAUAAUUUUCAAGAUUGGCAGGAAGCAAAAUAAACAGUGUUAGGAGCCAAGAAAAGGAUAUUUUGCCUGACUAAGGAGCAUGCUGGAACCAGUAGCCCUUAAGCCAUUAACAAACAGCCAUGUAUUUGAUUUGUUCAUAAAUAUAUUAAUGGGCAUUAGAGAAAGACGUAUAGACAUCUACUAUUAUCACCAUCACUGCUUCCUUCUAAAUAAAACCCACAGUUAGAUGCCCCCCUUCCAUUCAUAAUACAUUUGCCUUGCUGUAUUGGCCAGAAAAAGAAAGUGUUAAAGUAGCUUGCAUGUAUACCAGGGUGAUGUUUUAAAGAGGUAUGUAACUCCAUAAAAUAGUGUAUAGGACAGUGAAAUGGGCAAAUUUGUUUUUUGUUUGUUUUUUAUUUUUUUGCUUUGGGUUUGUGAUUUUGGUUUCUGGCAUGUGUUCAUUUGUAUUUUUCCAGGAGUGCGUCUAAGCCGACACACAUUCAAGUUGGCCUGCUCUUUGGCCUAGACAUUUUUGUUUGAAUUUGUACUGUUGAAUGCUCAGUUAAAAUGUCUAACAGAAGGAGGUGUGGUUGUCAGGAGAGGGAUUAUUCUGACUCUUAAACAACAACAACAAAACAGUGCAAUGCUUUUAUUAUUCAAGCCGCAGAGAUCCCUACAGACCAUGGGAAACUUGUGAUGUCAUUUCUUCCUUCCUGCAGCAGGGAUCUUUAGAGCUCGUGCCAAUCACUUGAAAGUCUCGUUCCUUGCAGUUUACACAUGUGACAAUAGUAGACCCAGAUUUCUAAGCGAUGGUGUGCUGAAAAUAAAACAUGUAUGGAGCAAA